CCCAGGACACCUCGGAGGAGGUGCCUGCCCAGCUUCCCGCGCUGCCGCCGGCCGAACGCGAUAUGGCGGCGGCGGGGGAGGCCGGGGGCGGCGCAGGGCCCCCCGCGACCCGGAACUACAACACCCACAAUGCCCCGCGGCGCGGCGGCGCUUCCGGGCGGUGACGGGGCUCCCCGGCGCCGCGCCCGGUGGAUGGCGGUGGUGCGGAGCAUGGGGCCGGAGCGGGUGUGUCCCGAGGAGCCGGGGCCGCCGGAGGCCCCCGACGGCGCGGCGGGAUGGAGCGGCGAUGAGGAAGAGGAGGAGGAAGAGGAGGAAGAAGAGGAGGAGGAGGAGGAAGCGGCGGAAGGCGGCGGGUACUUAUACCAGCCGCUGAGCCAGGAGCCGGAGCAGGGCCCCGCUGAGGCGGGCUCCCCCCUCGGGCCGGAGGGCUGCGCUGAGCCGGGCCCCGGGCUGCAGGAGCGGCUGCAGAUGCUGCGGCUGCAUCUGCCCGACCCGCCGGUAGACAGCGAGGAGGAGGAGGCGGCGGCUGCGGCGGAAGGCGGCGCGGCUCCCAGCAACCGCAGCUCCAUCCCCAUGGACGCAGAGCACGUGGAGCUGGUGAAGCGGACGAUGGCCGGCGUGCAGCUCCCCACCCGUGGCAUCCCCGCCUGGGCCAGCCAGAUCUCGGAGGAGCAGUGGAAGGCCGUGGUGCAGCACACGCUGCAGGCGCGGCAGAGCCUCGGCGGCCCCCGGCCCCAGUGGCAGUGAGGGCCCAGCUGACGUUCAGGGCCGCUGCCCCGAGCCCCUCCGCUGCGCCCGCAGCCGGGCAGUGACGGGACUUGCCAGCAUCGGCUUCCCGUUUUCUCCCACUGCCGUGGUUCAACUUCCCUCCCCGCUCCUUUCCUGGUCCUAGCUGGCACGUAAGUCGCUGUGACAUCCUUGCGUUGGCUUCCUCUGCCUUCGAGGAACCCAACCGGUUCCUGUACUGGUGUGCAUGUGGACGGAGGGUGGCUUCACCCAGGUUCCCUUGGGACAAACGCUGGAUGUGUCCUGUGCUGUCAGUGCUGGGGAAGUCCCUCUCCACGCUGGGACCCCUCCAUCCUCCCAGGCCAGGGGCCAUGUGUUGGGAUAUCAGAGGCGGAGUCCAAUGUGUCUUUCCAAGAGGUCGGUUUUAUUUAGUUCUGUACAUACAGGGACAUCUGUACAAAAUCCAACACUUUCAUACUAUGUAAUGCUCUACUGAAAAUAAAGUACACCAUAUGUACAUAUGAA